AUGCGCUCUUUCCAGCUCCUGUUCAGGGCCAGCCCUGCUGCCCUGCUCCUGGUUCUCUGUCUGCAGCUGGGGAUCAACAAAGCUCAGGAAGACACUCGAAAGGCGAUAAUAAUGGACUUGCAGAUACCCCAAAGUGCAAGUCCAAAUGAAGAGGUCACUGCGAAGCUUACAGUUAAGACACAAUUGAGAGAAUGUUUGGUGAUUAAAUCUUACCUCGUAAGCAGUGCUCCAAUUGAUGGCUCUUUUAACUAUAAAUACACCAGCUGCCUCUGUGAAAAUUAUCCAAGAACCUUCUUCUGGGACUUUCAGACCAACAGCACUGUAAGAAUAGCAGCAGUGGUUGACAUUUUUCGUGAACUAAAUAUCUGCCCUAACGAUAAGGCAGUGGUGCCCAUUGAUGCAAACCAUUUUCAAGUCCUUACAACCCUAAUUAUAGCCUGA